AUGGAAAACCUAAAUAAUAAAAGCCUUAAUAAAUUAAAAAUAUAUUUUUACAAAUGGAUAGAAAUACUUGAGCAGAUAAGUAAAAAUAAGGAGACAAAUUUAUUUAUUUUCGGUUUAUAUAGUAUGGAACGUAAAAAAAAUAUUGAGAAUAAAGAAUUUCAUUAUGAACAAUUGGAAAAAAAUAAUAGCAAUAGUGAUGGUAUCAUAUAUAAAAAAUUGUGUCUAGGAAUACGUUAUAUUGAACUAAUCAUAUUAAAAAACAAAAAUAAAUGGGAUGAUGAAAUUGAAAUAAACGAAGAAAAAAAGGAAAUGAAUUGUUUAUAUGAAGGGAGAUAUUUUUAUAAUAUUUCUGAUAUUUUACAAGAAAUCAGUGUUUUUAUAAAAAAUAAACAAGAGAAAAUUAUUUUAUCUUUUUUAGAAAGUAAUGAUGAUGAUGAUGAAAAAAUAAAUGCUGAAAAUAAAAAUGUAACAUAUUAUAAUAUUGAGAAGUUAGAUAUUUACAUUUAUUUAUAUUUAAGAAAAUAUUUAAAUUACCUUAACAAUGAAAAAAAUUAUAAAAUACUAUAUUUUUAUAACAGUAAGGAAAGAAUUAUUAAUUUAAGUAAAUAUGAUUUUGAUAUUGAUAAUUUUAAAAUAAGAAAUUGGGUUUUUAAUAAUAUAUCUCUCUUAUUACCAUCAAAAAUAAUUCAAGAAAAUGAGCAAAAAGAAAAUAGACACAAUUUUUUAUCUGUUGAUAGUGCGAAAAGUAGCUUAAAAUUAUCACAUAAACAUCAUUUAUCUUUGUUUCGAUUAAAUUCAAUAACAGAAGAAGAAACAUCAAAUUUGACUUCAAAGAUAUUAGUUAAUAGAAAGCUUCCUAAUAUACUAGUUCAUGAUGAUAAAGAAUAUAAUAAAUUUAGCGAAAAAAGUGAUAAUUAUGCAUUAGAUAAUCCUUCAAAAAAUAAUUGCAUAUUGUAUUAUUUAGAAUAUUCUAAUAAUGAAUAUAAAAAUGCAACUUUUCAUAAAUUAUCAGCUUAUGAUAUCAAUUUAAAUGUAAAUCAAAAUUUUAUUGGAUAUAAUAAUAUGCCACUGACUGAAUAUAUUAUUGAUAGACCGAAAAAAUUGAAAUUACAGAAUUCUCCUUUUAUUUAUACUAAUAAAAAAUUAAUAUAUUUAUAUGAGUAUUCAUAUAAAAGUCAAUUAUUAGAUAAAAUUGAUGAUAAUUAUUAUUAUGUUUUAAAGAUUGAAAAAGAAAAUAUAGAAGAUGUUUUGGUGCAUAUUCACAAUAAUAUAAAUAUAAAAAAUAACAAAAAUUUUAUUAGUAUUCUAACAACAAAUUGUUAUAUUGAUCAUGUUUUUACCAUUAUAAAAUUUAACUUAAAAUGUAUUAUGAACAUUUAA